AUGGCUGUCCAAGCUCAAUAUCCUUCUAAUGUCCUCCUUCUAAACAGAAACGGGCAAGAGGGUCACGAUUAUUCAUUGCAACCACAUCCUGGAGGAUAUCUUGAUCAAUCCCAUAUGUUACUCAACAAUGGAGGUGGCAAUAAUCCACGCAAGAGAGGAAGAGCAGCGCCAACAGCUACUACUACAACGACAACAAUCAAUCAAUUCUGUAUGCAACCUCAACCUCAGCCUCAGCCUCAGCCUCUGUUAACAACUCAGUUAAUAGACCUAUCUCAACUCCACAAUCAUCGUAAUCAUCUUACUCAACCAAAUCCAAAUGUCGUGUCUACUGGCCUCCGUUUAUCUUUUGGUGACCGUGACCAACAACAACAACAGAAUCAUCAUUACCAACAGCAGAAUUUUGGCACUAGUACAUGUCAAUCCUCUGCUUUGUUAUCAGUAUUAUCAGAAGAUUUCUCCUCCCAAUUUAAACGACAACGAGAUGAGAUCGAUCGAUUCCUUCAAACUCAGGGAGAGCAGCUGAGACGCACAUUAGCUGAGAAAAGACAGCGGCACUACCGUGCGCUAUUAGGUGCAGCGGAGGAAUCAAUAGCCAAACGAUUAAGGGAAAAGGAAGCCGAAGUCCAGAAGGCGUCGCGCAAAAACGCCGAGUUAGAAGCACGUGCGACGCAACUGAGCGUUGAGGCACAGGUUUGGCAGGCAAAGGCCAGAACCCAGGAGGUAACAGCAGCUUCCCUGCAGGCCCAACUGCAGCAGGCUAUAAUGAAUGGGGGAGUGGUGCAUGAUAGCAGGAGAGGCGACGAUGGACUAGGAUGUUCCGGGGGUGUUGAAGGCCAGGCCCAGGCUGAGGAUGCCGAGUCGGCUUAUGUUGACCCGGACCGGGUCACCGUCGUGCCAGGCGAACCGCGCUGCAAAGCGUGUCAGAAACGGAUGGCUUCGGUGGUGCUUCUGCCGUGUCGGCAUCUUUGUGUCUGUACAGAAUGUGACCAAGUGGUACAAGCCUGCCCACUUUGCCUCUAUGUUAGAAAUUCUAGUGUUGAGGUAUUUCUGUGUUAA